GAUAAAAUUGAUAGGCCUUUAUACUGUCAUCUCAACUCAUCACUCUUCAUCUAAUGUUAUAACAGCCACCGAAAAUUUUCAUUGAGAAGGCUGUGGUAUGGACUUCAACGAGACUGAGGUAUUAACCUCAGGGCGUAGCAUAGGAACCAUUCGAAAUUUCAGUACUUUUGAAAGGUUAUAUAGUUUCCUUGUCCCUGGGCCAAAAGAUAUUUUAAUUUACAAUAAACACAACAUACAAAGCAUACAAAGCAUACACAAUACUGAAAAAUCCCUUCCUGCAUAUUUUCACUACAACUCCAAACCAACUGCCAAGUUCUCUAGGCUUUAUCAAAUCCUCUUCAUCAUGAUGAAAUUCAUCCUUCUCUUCCUCUUUGUUACCACCAUCUUAUCUCAAUGUCCCGAACAAUCCGAAGCAGCUCGAAGACUUUAUCGUUGCAUUAAUACAACCAGUGGUCAAGUUGCUGGUCAUCCAUCUCCCAAGCAUCCAGGCGUUUAUGAAUAUCUCGGUAUCCCAUUCGCACAACCUCCUAUUGGUGAUUUACGGUUUGCUCCUCCUCAACCAUUUAUUGGAAAUGAAUCUAUCAAUGGUACAAACUUUGGUUAUACUUGUCCAAAGCUUUUCUCCGAUGAACUUUCACUCAUCCCAUCCAACUUCCCUGAUGUAAUCGAUAACUAUACAGCUUCGGGUAUUGUUAUCCUAGAUACAUUUACUCAAGCAGGUGAUGGAGCUAGAAAUAAUGAAGAUUGCUUGACGCUUAACGUUUGGGUUCCAAAACCAGCUCAAGCACCAGAUGUCGAAACAAAAAAAGCUGUCAUGAUUUGGAUUUACGGUGGUGCGUUCAGAGAUGGUGCUACUGAAUCACAUAUCUAUGAUGGUUCCAAUCUUGUGGAUAAGGAAGAUGUAAUUAUGGUUAGCAUCAACUACCGUGUAAACAUCUUUGGUUUCUCUGGCGAUUCAACAGGUCCCACUAGCAAUUAUGGAAUGCUCGAUCAAAGAUUGGCUAUCGAAUGGGUUUAUAACAAUAUUGCCAAUUUUGGUGGUGAUCCAUCUCGCAUCACUCUCUUUGGUCAAUCAGCAGGAAGUUUAUCUAUUGACUAUUAUUCCUACGCCUAUCCACAAGAUCCUAUUGUCUCCGCCAUGAUCAUGCAAUCUGGUACCAUCGCCGCUCUUCCCACUCUGACCUCCGCUCAAGCCUUUUCCUCUUGGCAAAAUACUUCGACAGCCCUCGGUUGCGGUGAUGCAUCCAUCAACUCCACUUCCGUCAUACAAUGCAUGCGCAAUUCUAAUCUCACCACAGCCGAUAUCCUCAGAAUCGCACAUCUCUACACCUGGCUUCCAUCCAUCGAUGAAACACUCGUCUUCUCCGAUUAUCCCGCUCGUGCCGCCGCGGGAAAUAUUACUACCCUCCCCCUCCUCAUCGGCAAUACCGAUAACGAAGCCGCAGUCUUCGCCGCUCAAUCCCUCAUGUCCGGUAUCCCAGUCGAUAUCUCCGAAAUGACCAACUCCACUUUCGCCUGUCCUACUGCCGCACGCGCAAAUGUGAGUGUAGCUUCUGGAGCAAAGACAUGGAGAUAUCGUUAUUUCGGGGAUUUUCCUAAUUUGCAAAUCGUACAUGGUGUGGAUGUAGGAGCUUUCCAUAUCAGUGAUGUCUAUAGCAUUUUUGGAACAUGGCCAACUGGAAAAGGCAUCACGGGUGCAGGAAAAGAGCAAGUUUCAUUGGGAAUUUAUAUGAGAGGUGCUUGGGCGGCUUUUGCAAAAGAUAGUGAGAAUGGAUUGAGUAAUUAUGGAUGGCCAGUUUAUAAGCCAGAGGAGGAGACGGUUAUUAGAUUGGGUUGGAAGAAUGGGGUUGAUUUGGUUUUAGAUAAUCCAGAGGUUUGGGAUAGUACUUGUUAAUUUUGAUGGGAGUUUGGGAAUAUUGAAUAGGACUUGAGGAUGUUUAAUGAGGAUUUUCGCUGAGAUGUUUGGGAGACUGUUUUUGUCUGUUGAAUGGGAUUUGAGUCGGGUUCGAUUUCGAGUCUCAUUAAAUCAGAUGCAAAGAAUAGGGUGAUGGGAGAGUGAAGAUAGAUUAGGAUGGAGUUAAUAGAGAUUAAAUACUUUCCAUGUAUCA